UAAGACAUAUUAACACAUGACAAAACAUUUUAAGGGACAUUGGAUCCUUACAGUACUACGUCACAUAACAUCCUGCCGUUCAUAUUGAAACUGAAGAUGAGACUUUACUCGACUAUUCGCUUACCCAGAGUCAUAGAAUAACAGAAACACAAAAUGAAUAUUAUCUAUAUUAGGCGUUAUUGAGGACUGAAUUGAUGUUUAUUUUUAUACGGAUCACAAGUAAGAAGUUCGAAAAGGUGCGCAACUUUGAAAAUGCUUAAGGCUGUAUUGUUAGAGGAGAGUGCCAUAGAUGAGCCCACGGAAGAUGAAGUAAUGCUGUACGCCGAAAGCUUAGGAAUUGAUGUUGAAAAAGAACAAGAUUUACUUUAUAUUGCCAAAGAAGGCAUUUCUGCACAUUUACCGAAUGGCUGGCAAGUCCUCAAGGUAUCCAUAUUUUCACCAAAUUCUGCCACUUCGAGUUGAUUGCUUGAUAGCAAUAAUUUUUAUCUUUACUCUUCCAGAUUCUUGUUUCCUGUUUUUUUCACACUGUAUUUGUGUUUACAAAACUUGCACAGUGUUAUUUUCAUUUUGGAAAUAUCAAAGUAAUAUACAAUGGCAUCGUCAUCCUCAUUAGGAAUGACCCUAAAGGUUAAGAGCUUCAUGUAUUAUCACUCAAGUGUCAUAAGUUUAUAUGUGUAUUAAGAUUAACCGAAUUCAUGCAAUUCCUAGAAAAGCACAUUUCAAAACCUGUAACGUUUACAACUCUGACAGGUUUUGGUAGCGGUUACUGUCUUUCUGUUCACAAUCAGCCUGAUGCAUCCGUCAUAAGUGCAACGGAUGAAAACAAUCAAAUAUUUUACUAUGAUACUGCAUCUGGCAUUAGUUUAUGGGAGCAUCCAUUAGAUAGACACUUUCGAGAUUGUGUUGUUAAAGCUCGUCAAAAGAAACAAGAUGCCAUUGAUACAACAAGUAGUCCUGACAGAAUCCCUCAUGAUAAAUCUGUAGAAGCUGGUUGCAUCGUGUCAAAUAGUUCAUCGCGUCCCCUUCCGAAACCAUCCACAAACAACAAAGAGGCACCAAAGGGAUAUACACCAACCCGUUCCAGUCCACAUGAAGGAAAACUGAAUACAAAUACUUCCAAAAAACUCACAGAAAAACAUGGAAACAAUAGUCAACUCUCUACCUCUGCUCUUGCUGAACCUCGCUUUCAAUGUCCAGUUGUUACUACUAAAGAUGAUGAUCAUCUGCCAGUUACAGAUGAUCCUACUGAAUAUCUUGAGAUAAAAUUAUCUAGGAACAAAACACAUGAGAAAUCACUUGUUAAUAAUCAUGAAAAACUUCAACUAUCCUCUCGUAAAGACCAUCUUUCAUCAGAAGGUUUUAAAUAUUGGUCAGAAAUGUAUAAAGAAAAUUUACGUCAAGCAGAUGAAAACCUAACUGUAUUACAGUCGAAAAUAAGAGAAUCUUUAUUAUUAACUAGCAGUCAUAAAAAAACCAAUUCAAUUCUCUGCAAUAAUGCAACACCAAAUUCACUCAGUAAAUACAAUCCUACGACAAUAACAAAGGAUUCACAUAUUGUAAGCAAUUUAUCUAGAUGUUUCUCAUCAUCAGAUCUUUUAAACAUUGUAGAUAACAAUCAAACAUAUUGUAAAAGAUUAGAGAUACUUUCUAGUCCUGUGAAAAAAAUUAAAAAUACAUUUAAUGACGAUAUUUUAUGCCCUGAAGUUGGUAUAUCUCCAACUGCUGUCAUUCAAACAGAGUUAUCUAAUAGAAAAGAUAAAUAUGUUGGCCACGGCGUAUCACCUGUAAAUGCCAAUUCGAAAUUAUCUUCGUCUAUACUUCAGGAAAAUAUGAAAAAUUCUACAUAUCAGUUCACUCCAGAUAGAACGCGUUUAACAGAACAAAAUGCCAGUUUAGAAAAAUCGACUGAUGGAAUUCAAGAGGAUCAAAGUAAUGUGAAGUUAAAGCCCAAUAAAAGCCUGAUUAAUAUAUCAGAGUGUAUUAGUCAUUUGGUUGAAGAACGUUCUCGUGUACAAGGCAAAUUAUUUCGUCUUAAAUUACUUUAUAAAACUUACAAACGACGUCUAGACAAUUUAGAUGCCAGUUUAUCAGCACUACAAGAGCAGACUAAUGCAGAACAAUCAUCUAAUGUUUUGCCAGUUUCUAAACUAUACAAACAAAAUAAUAAUACUAAAAAUGUGCAAGAGAAAAUAAAUCCAUCAGUGUUUACAAAUUCAACAAAUGAGAACGAUAGAAAUGUUCCAUUACUACCACAGGAUUCAAUUGUUACUACAUGUGUUACUGAUUUAAAUGAAUCUGUUAAUCAUAGAUUACAUUCUCGUUUAUCUUAUUGUCAUCAUCACCACUAUUCUCAUCAAAAUCCUAAUGUUUUACGCAUAAAACGUUCAGUAUCAGUGCCUCGUUCUCCGAUUUCAUGUAAUUAUCUCAGGAAUACAAAUAAUCCACAUAUAUCAUCUCAUCAUUUACAUGAUAGUACUUCAGUUUCACGUGAUCUAGCAGUAUCAUUAGCUUCAAUCGAUGUACAAUUACAUAAUGUUUUAAAACAUCUUGAUUCAAAUACUGAUGAAAGUCUUCAAUCACAUAUAAACCAUUAUAUACAAAAUCAUUAUCCUAUUUCUGGCAUAACCGAUGAACAACAUCAUUAUACUAAUGAAGAUACAAAUGUUGGGCAUAUUCAACAUUGUUUAGAAAAUAUAAACUUAAGUAAUGAACCAUUACAUGAAGCUGGUUGUAGUGGUGGUGGUAGUUGUAUGUCAAAUAAUUUGACAUAUUCACCUUCAUGUAGUUGUAAUAAAACUCCAUCUUUGUCUUAUAAAACAGUAGAUUUAUUACAUUCACCAGUCAACUGUUCACCCAAUUCAAAUUUGGAUUUUACAUCAAACAGACGUAAUAGUAUUUGUACAUCGAGGUUCAUGAAAUCCGCUCACAAACCUGUGAAAUCAGUACUAUAAACAGCAUUUAUCCGUAUCAACAUCAUUUGUGCACUGAUCCCAUUACACUUAUGAAAUAAUGAAUCUUUGUUUUCAAUCCUUUCAUAUAUAGACGACCUUUUUAUGAAUGUUAUAUUAUUUGUGCUUUUAACCGAAGGCUAUUUUUUGUAUACCAAUCGUUUUUUUUAGUGUACCCUUAUAUUUUUUAUUAAAUUUUAUAACUGAUAAGUAAAUAAACAUAUAUUUAUUUGGG